CCCCAACCUUUCGCUCGAACUCUCUCUCGAACCUCGAGCUCCGGGAUAGCAGGGCCGCGCGUGUCGCCCACUGGACCCGGGUAGCCAGGCAGCUCGGCGCCCCCACGGCUUCCCAGAUCAUGUGGUACACUAGCACCCGGGGAAUGGCCCCACGGGUCAACUUUGAGGGAGCCCUCUUCUCUGGCUAUGCACCCGAUGGGGGUCUCUAUGUGCCAGAGGAGUUCCCACAGCUGGACAGAGAGACCCUGCGCCACUGGAGCACGCUUUCCUAUCGCAGCCUGCUGAAGGAGCUGUGUGCCCUCUUCAUUGGCCUGGAGCUCAUCCCAAGACAUGACCUAAAUGAUCUGAUUGACCAAGCCUUCAGCAGAUUCCGCCACAGAGAUGUGGUCCAUCUGCGCAGACUGAGGAAUGGGCUGAAUAUACUGGAGCUGUGGCAUGGGGUCACAUAUGCCUUUAAGGACCUGUCGCUGUCCUGCACCGCUCAGUUCCUGCAGUACUUCCUGCAGAAGAGGAAGAAGCAUGUCACCAUUGUUGUAGGAACUGCUGGGGACACGGGAAGUGCUGCCAUUGAGAGUGUUCAGGGUUCCAAGAAUAUGGACAUCAUCGUUCUGCUGCCCAAAGGCCUUUGCACAAAGAUUCAGGAGCUCCAGAUGACGACGGUGCUGAAGGAGAAUGUCCAUGUGUUUGGAGUGGAAGGGAACAGUGAUGAACUUGAUGAGCCCAUCAAGGCCGUGUUUGCGGAUGUGCCUUUUGUCCAGAAGCACAACCUGAUGAGCUUGAACUCCAUCAACUGGUCUCGGGUCCUGGUGCAGAUGGCACACCACUUCUUCGCUUACUUCCAGUGUGCACCCUCCUUGGACACGCACCCCCUGCCCGCUGUGGAGGUGGUCGUGCCAACAGGGGCCGGGGGUAACCUUGCAGCUGGGUGCAUUGCUCAGAAGAUGGGCCUGCCCAUCCGCCUGGUUGUGGCCGUGAACCGCAAUGACAUCAUCCACAGGACUGUCCAGAAGGGAGACUUCUCUCUGUGUGAGGUUGUCAAGCCAACCCUGGCAUCUGCUAUGGACAUUCAGGUGCCCUACAACAUGGAGAGGAUCUUCUGGCUGCUCUCUGACUCUGACAGCCAGGCGACAAGAGCGCUCAUGGAGCAGUUUGAAAGAACCCAAAGUGUGCGCCUCCCCGAGGAACUACACAGAAAGCUUUCAGAGGCGGUGACAUCUGAGUCAGUGUCUGAUGAGGCCAUCACCCAGACCAUGGGCCGCUGCUGGGAAGAGAACCAGUACCUGCUGUGCCCCCAUUCAGCCACAGCGGUGAACUACCACUACCAGCAGACUGACAGUGGGCAGUCCAGGAGCAUCUCCCGGUGCUGCCUGGCCUCUGCCUCUGCAGUCAAAUUCCCAGAAGCAGUCCAGGCUGCUGGGCUGACUCCCCAGACUCCUGCAGAGAUCCUAGCCCUGGAGCACAAGGAGACCCGCUGCCUCCCCAUGCGGAGAGGAGAUGACUGGAUGCAGAUGCUGCGGGACACAAUUGAGGGCGUGUCCCAGCGCUGGCACGGUGGGGCUGUGAACCCCUCAGAAUAGCCAGGC